AAGGUAGCCACGAGUUGGCAUUCUCACGAGAAACCAUUUUGGAGGAGGCGAGCGCUGCUAGGGGCUCCGUGCAAGGGCGUCUUCGUGAUCUGUCGGGAAACGAGGAGGCCGUGUCCUACAUCGACGCUACAGACCCCGUGACUGUUUUUACGGACGUGAUCCCCGUCGCUCGAUUGUUCCAAAAUGUCAGAGACAGAGCAGCAGUACAUGGAGACCUCAGAGAAUGGCCAUGAGGCUGCAGAGGGAGACUCCGCCGACACUAAACAGUCCGAAGACCAAAAUGGUUCCGGGGGUGAGCAGCUCAGUGCAAUCAAAUCCGAGGAGGACGCAGGGUGCGUACCUGAUAUUUCUGCCAGUGUAAAUCAAACAGCGAAAAUGUUUGUUGGCGGUCUAAGCUGGGAUACAAGCAAGAAAGACUUGAAAGAUUAUUUUUCAAAGUUUGGGGAGGUGUCGGAUUGUACUAUUAAGAUGGACUCUAAUACAGGACGAUCUAGAGGAUUUGGCUUUAUUCUGUUUAAAGAGUCUUCAAGUGUUGACAAGGUUCUGGAGCAAAAAGAACACAGACUGGAUGGAAGGCUUAUUGACCCUAAAAAGGCAAUGGCAAUGAAAAAAGAUCCAAUAAAGAAAAUAUUUGUUGGUGGGUUGAAUCCAGAAGCUGGAGAAGACAAGAUAAGGGAAUACUUUGCAACCUUUGGAGAGAUUGAAGCAGUUGAACUUCCAAUGGACCCAAAAACAAAUAAAAGGAGAGGCUUUGUGUUUAUUACAUUUAAAGAGGAAGAACCUGUGAAGAAGAUCUUGGAGAAGAAGUUCCACAAUGUUAGCGGUAGCAAGUGUGAGAUAAAGAUAGCCCAACCUAAAGAGGUAUAUCAACAACAGUAUGGUGGACGAGGUGGUUUUGGUGGUGGAAGAGGAGGACGGGGUGGAAAAGGUCAAGGACAGAGUUGGAAUCAAGGAUACAACAAUUACUGGAAUCAAGGUUAUGGCAAUCAAGGAUAUGGCUAUGGCCAGCAAGGUUAUGGUGGCUACGGAAGCUAUGACUACACUGGAUAUGGGUAUUAUGGAUAUGGACCAGGGUAUGAUUACAGUCAGGGCAGUGCAAAUUAUGGAAAAGCACCUAGACGUGGUGGCCAUCAAAAUAACUACAAGCCAUAUUGAACAUUUCUUCAGGUAAAGACAGCUGAUUUGGGGGUCUGCUUAAAACUGCAGCUCUACAUCUAGGGACUGCCUCUUGGAGUUAAGUAUGGACUCUUGCUCCUUUUGUACAGAAGGCCUCAUCCUAGGGAACCAGUGUCAACUUCCACCUUUUUAUUUUGUAUUGUUUGUGUCAUACAUUUCCAGGUUUGGAAGUGUUAAUUUUACUGUACUUUUUGGUACCUUUUGGAUUCUAAUGUAUUGUAAGGUAUUUUACAUGUGCAAAUUCACCAUUACAUUUUUGAAGCUAUCAAAGCUUUUGAAAUAAAAUCAAGUUUGAGUAACCCGUUUCAGCCUGCGGUUUAAAUGUUAAGCGCAUGUUAAGACUGGUGAUAACUUAGUUACAGUCUUUAGGGUUAGUCAGCAUUUAUCUUGGCUAAAGUAUUCCAUACUAUAAGACAAAGUGCAAAAGAAAUAAAGCUAAUUCUGUUCUUGUCACUGUAGUGUUACCCUAAUUGUCUGUAUUAUGGAGGAAAACCUGUACAAAGGUUUAGUGUAAGCAAUUUUUAAAAGUUUAAAAUCGGUUAUGAUUUGGAUGCCCAAUGGCUUUAACAUGGCAUUAUGGAUGCCCUCUUAAGUGAGGGUUAUGAGUGUAUCUGACAGUGACUGACUGGCUGGGUUCACACCUUGUUUAAACAGUGUUGGCUUCCUGUCACAGGCAUGACAACAUAUACCAUGGUGAACUGGCAUUGGGCCCACUUAGCUGUAUCACUAAUGACCUACCCCAAGAGACAUACCUUUUUAUUGACCUAGCCACAUUUGGCUUGUGUUGUGCAGGAGCAACUUAACUGAAUGGCACCCACAAUUUUAUUGUAAAAUGUGCUGUGAAAAAAAAUUGUCGGAUGAAGUUAACAACUUGAUAACUUGUGAUUUUUACUGUCAUAACUAGAAAUUAAAUAUAGCUAUGCUCCUGACCUAAAGGUUUUACAUUUUUAAUAGUAAAACUUCAUUCUGCAGGUCAGAAGAUGGCAAUUCAGGUUUUUUUUUUCUCCUUGUUAAUGGAGCAGUGUGAGGAAAUGUUCUGGUCAUGUAGUUUUAAACAUUUAUGGAACUUCAUCAUUUUAUUGCAUAGCUCUGGUAAUGUGAGGGGACCAUUAACAAUUCUGGUAAUUUAACAUUCACUCUGUGGGAUAAACCUAUAUUUUAUUAGGCAUAUUCCUACAUGUAGUAAUGGACUUAUAUUAUACAUAACUUAAAUUUACACAGCUUUCUCUGCUUCUGGGUAUACUUGUACACCUGAUGAGUUUAACUUCCCCCUUAUUAAUUUGGCUCAAUUCUGUCUUACACAUUUACGUCAAGCACUGUUUGUACUAUGUCUGGUUCAUUUUAACCUCAGUAGGUCCAAUACAUUAUGGUAUAUGAUGGCAUGCCUUCUUGACAAGAUCCUGAUGUAUUCCUAAGGCUAGCUUCAGUGUUUCAUCAUGCAACAAAGUUAUUGUUUAACACCCAGUUUAAGUUUCCCAUGUUACAAUUAAAAAAAUAAAAUAAAAUGGAAGUGUC